AGUUAAAAGAAUCAAGUUGAGAGACAUACUCUCUUGCCAUGGGGAAUUCCAACAGUGAUGGUGAAACCACCGUCGACGACUGCGAAUCGCUGGCCCGACCCAUGCCAGAGAUGACUGCAGUGAGUCGAAGGAUAUUUAAUCUUCAUUUGAAAAAUCGCUCCUUUUCCAGCUGGGAAGAGUUCAUCGAGGCCUUGCCAAGCACUGCCCCGCAAGGAGCUAGCCAAAGCAUCGUCAAAUGUGAUCCAAUGGAUAUUUGCAGUUGGGUGGCAACCUUCCUGAUUGAAAGCUGUAUUUGGGGCUUGGUGGCCUAUUUUGCUGACCAGAGUGCUGCGAUUGGAAUCGUCCUGUCUGCCCUCUACGGCCUUGUGCUUUUUCUUUGUGUCGACCGAUGGCUUUCUCCGCAGAUGGCCGGCAUGCUAUGGCCCAAUAUUCCUGUGGCCGUUGGUGCAGUGGGUGCUUUGGUGGCUACAUACUUGCCGGACAAUGAUGAGUCCAAGCUACCCUCACGCGCUCUGAUUUUCUGCAUCCUCCCUGCAACACUGGCCACAAUCUAUUGGAUGAGGCGGCUCCCAGAGGACCCCGACCGAUCCACCUUGGUCAGCAACCUCUUCCUAGGACUUUGGGCAGCGACCAUUGCACUGCGCGCGAUGCUGGUGGACGACGACAGCCUUAAAGAUCUUGGGUAUUUCGAUUUCGCCAGCCUAGUAGUGCUUGGUGCAAUCUCUGUUGGUGUGGCCGUGUGGUUCUUUGAGCGGCCGGGCCGCUGGGGCUCAGUGGAGCUGGUCACGUGGAGCCUGAAUAUUGGGGUCCUAGGAAUGGGUGCCGGCGCUUCGGGCAUGUUAGCGACGUUUGCGAUCGCACAUCCUGGAAUGGAACUCACUGGGUGGGCACCCUAUGCGAUGGUGCACUGUCUCAUCGGAGCUUUGGGCUUCAAGCUCCAGCGCAGCUUCCCGGUGUUGCUGAGUGCCUUAGCCUUUGCGGCCGUCUGUGUGCGCCUGAGCGUGUGGAUCUCCGACUUCUCUGGGAGCCCAGUGGCAGGCAUUUGUUGCUUCGGGGUCCUGGGCUUCGCGGUGAUUGCAGCCACGCAGCAUCUCCGGCGCGGCGGACGCGAACUGCGCCGUUCCGGGCAGCGUGGAUAUCGGCCGUAGGGCAUGGACGGAGUGAGAAGACACCGUGGUGAACUGGGUGAACGUUGUUUUUUGUUGACUGUAGUAUAGGAGUUCCCUGGGAAAGAGGUCAUGUUUUUCGAUGUUAGUAGAUGAUCCUGGGGGAGUAGUAAAGUUACAUAAAGUUACUAUAACGAUUAUCCUGGGUAGCUCAAAACUUCCAUGUAUGGCACCCAGCAAGGAAUCGACCGUGCACAAUGGGAGUCCUACAACGUCUUGACGUUGUGCUAGUACUGAUCUCUUUCUUUUGCAGCUGCCGAACAUGAAUUGGAGAGUCGACUCGGGGCCAGAGUGAAUAUGAAAAACUGUGUUGAACCACAGCAACCAUCGUGGCCAUGCUGCGGGGUCGAGGUCUUGGUCAUCGGCAUGCCAUCCCGGGCCAGCUGGGUGUGGGGUCUUUUGGUGCGUUCUGGUGGAUGAUGUGCAGAUCUGGGUCGUAUUUGGUGCCAAAAGUCAACACGUAUCGUGCUGCACGGAUGUCCGCGCUGGCAACGUAUGUCUUCCAAACUGUUUUGCAGAUCCGGAUCAUGUUUUUCUCUCACAAACUAGAUGAACGUUGAAUUAAGGUCGCACCGAGGCACUGUUUUCCAUAGUUUUUGAGGUACCAGUCAAUAUGUUUUUCUGCGGAUUAGUAUGCCUGUUGGGAAAGGCAUUGACUACACCAUCAUGAUCAUCAUCCAUUGUUACUGGUCAUUGAUGGGAUAUACCUGCGAGGGCUUGGGCUUGGGUAUCUAAUUGAUUGUAUUUUAUCUACUUCAUUCAAGCUGGCUCCUGCACAUCGGAUGGCCACCGAUGCCAGGCCCAGCGCCACCGCUGCAGGUAGACAACUCCUGGGCUGAGUGGCCGACGCGGGUAGCAACCCCAAGAGUCGGAUGGCUGAGUGGAACACUAGAUAUGUAUAGAGAGUUGCUGUUGUUGCACUGACUCCCUAUGGCUGUAGUGGCAAAUGGA